AUGACUACUCAAGACAGCAGCAAUUGCAACACUUCCAUAUUAUAUGAUCUGUUUAUUCAAGAUGAAUGGCACCCUGAGCCAAUUCUUCUCAAGCAAAGCUCAGCGAAAGCCAAUAAGGACACCAAUGAUGCUUCAGCUGUAAGAAAUUGGUCGCAGAUAGCAUUUGAUCAAGUAAAAUCGACUUACAAGGCCAUUACAUCUACAUUAAGGUCCCGAGUUACAAGUUCUGCUGUGCCUUCCACUGUCAGUAAUUUAAUCAAUCGACAAGCUGAAUGGAAAUUCGCAAAAAAUAACGAUGGUCGCUUAAUUGCUAUUCUAACCGAUACUUGUCUGGAGCUGAGGUCAGCUAAAGAUGAUUAUUCAACUGUUGUAGCAACCUGUGCAGUACAUCAGGAUCCAUUUCCAAGAUGGAGGCAGAUAGCUUGGAGUCCCGAUUCAUCAUUGAUUGCUUGUUCAUAUAGUUCCGGAGAUAUAUCCAUUUUCGAUUUGAGUGGAACUUUACUAUACACAAUAAAUAGAUCAAAGUUUGGUACUGAUCCAACAGAAAAGGAAAGUAGAUAUGACGGUGCCAUUGCUGCGCUAUUAUUCAUCGACUAUCAUCAAACAUCGCAUUGGAAUAGUCAAUUGUUAGCUAUCGAUUUUCAAGGACAAUUACAAAGCUACUUUAUUAGCGAAAGCAGUAAUUACAAAGAAUGCCAUACCUUUUCCUUCUUGCCAUAUCAUCCGCUUGGUGUCUCUACUGCUAUAUUUCAUCAAUAUCAUCGAAUCUUAAUUAUUGGAGGAAGUACUCCCAGUAAAUCUAAAAAUGACCAAUAUGACUCGCCUUCAAAUGCCAGGGGUUACGGCAUUUCUUGUUGGCGAAUCCUAGAUGAUGCACCACAUUAUAAAAUAAUCAAUUCUGAAGAAUUUGAGCAUACAGUACACAAAAUAUCUUUGUCACCAAAUGGGUCCCUUUUAGCCGUUGUACAGUGUUCUGGUUGUCUAUCAGUCUGGGAGUUGCCGUCGCUUAGAAUGAAAGCCGUUUGGCAUAUCGACGAACAGCCUGAUGUUGCAGCGAAAGGACAAGAUCUCUCAAUUACUAAUUACAACUCUGAAACAAGUUUAAGUUCAACUUCACACAGUGCAAGUGACGAUAUCUCAAAAGCAAUACUUGCCCUUGACUGGUGGUCAGAAACGUCUUUAGUAUUAGUACGAUCAUCUGGCGCGGUUACAAUUUCAGCUAUCGAAAGCAGCCUUCAGAAUUUAUUGGGUAGUUCCCCUGAGUACUUCCAGCCGGGAUCACAUGUCAUUGCCCUAAGUGAUGGAGGCUUCCUCAUCCUGGAGGAUGACUGCAAAGCAGUUUAUAAAAAGUACGCAAUGACAAGUUUUACGGAUGAUACAGAAUCAAUUGUAGAUUCAGAAAGUGAAGAAGAAGCUAGUUACAACCUAAAUGAUGAUGAAGAAAUUCAACUUUCGACUUACGAAAAACUUACUGAAAAAUUAAGACGAGUGCUAUAUUUCUUAACGGAAAGCGAUAGUUUUUUACAGCAAGAUAAAGCACCAAAGGUCCUGAAGAGAACCUAUCGCUUGCUCUGCUUGAAGUCUACAACACCAGAAGAACUAUAUUCUAGAAAGAUAGAUCAAGAAGAAUAUGGUGAGGCAUUAACGUUAGCUGAAUCUUACGGUCUUGAUAGUAAUUUGGUUUACAAGCGACGGUGGCAACAAUCCAAAAUGUCAAUAAUGGCAAUUCAAGAUUUUCUGAGUAAAAUCACAGAUCGCUUUUGGGUACUAGAAGAAUGCAUUCAGCGAGUACCAAUUGACAUCGAUGCAGUCAAAGAGCUUCUUCAAUAUGGCUUGUUAGGCACUAACAAAGCGGUUUUUCAGGCCGCAUUAAACAAUACCGAUUUCGAAAGUAGUUUUAUAAUCAGUACAAUUAAUAACGAUGAUGAUGAUGAAAAUUUUCAAAAGUCUGAUAUAAUAAAACCCCAGCGGCAGCAGUCAACAAUGGACGAACUAUCUGACGAAGAAUCUGUCCACAACCUCGAAAUAAAAAAACUUCCUGAUUUCAGCUGUCUUAACGAAAAGGCAAAGAAAUUAUAUCAUUAUCGACUAAUUUUACUCAAGUACUUAGAUAGACUACUUUUAUACGAGAUUAUCCUUGGAGGUGCGCAUUUAGCACCGGAAAGAUUUUCUCCUAUCGUAUUUGAAUCUUUUCGUUCAUCUAAUAUUAUCAAAAUCACUACGGAAUACGCCAGAGAAAGUAACUGGGAAGCGGUUGAUAUUUUAUUCGCAUAUUUCUCUACAGUACUGACACCUCAUAGAUUGGCAAUAUUAUCAAAUUUUCCCGAAACAUGCUCACCGAAGAAAUAUAAAUAUUUACUGCCGGAACUUACAACAAACGACGAAGUCGCCGCGCUUGAUACAAAUCGUAUUCGAAGCGAAGACUGGUGCGAAAUCGCAUACGGAAACGGUAUAGAAAGUGACAUUGAGGAGGGCAUUUAUUUUCUGUAUGCUGACUGCCCGCAUUUGAAGGAAUUCAGUCAUAAUCUAAAUUCUGAGCUACUUACAGCAUGGUACUUAAACCGAGCAACGGAAAUUGAGUUUCUAUCGCAGCAAGUUUCAAAUGCUAUUGAUUUAAUUAAGCUUGGAAUGGAAAAGAAUAUAAAGAAUUUAGAACCAUUACUCAAUAAUCUCCUUACUUUAGAAGUAAUGGUGUAUGAAUGUGGAAAUGUAUCAAUUACUUUAAAAGAUAUAUUAAGUAUGUCAAAUAUUGAAAAAGUUCGCCUUCUUUUACAUAAAAAAGGCGACAGCAGUUAUGUAAGCAAUUUUAAGUGUUAUGUUCUACCGUAUCUACAUCGUUUGGAGAUCUAUGAACCCGGUUCCUAUGACUCUGUAAUACGACAAUAUCUUAUUGAAGAAGCAAAACAAGAUCUAUCUUAUUGCCAACUAAUAUUUCAACAUUCUAAAGUAGGAUCUACUAGUCCAAUCAUUCCUAAUAUAUUUAGUGCAAUAUCAAUUGCUGCGGACUGUAUAUACGCUUAUUGUGGAAAUGACCAGCUUGACUGUGCUAAGACUAUAGUUGAAUGUCUCCAUAUUUCGAGCGCCAUAACAUUAGAUUCAGUACAUUCAUCAAUAUUAAAAGAAUUAAAAAAUCACGUAAGAACAGCUGAGAUAUUACAUGAUAGCAACUUACCCAGUUGCAUAAGCGAUAUCAGGGAGAUGAUCAAUAAUGCAGAAGAGUCUAAAGCAUUGAUGAUGACAUUUACACGAAAAGCAACUGCUGGGCGAAUAUCUAUAUCAGCUUCUGAAUGGCGAUCGAUUUUAAAUCGAAUGUUGACGAUGGUAGAAUCCUCAUUUACAUCAAUAACCAAUAGUGACUGUCAUGAAAUAUUCACAGAUUGUUUACUGCACUCAAGUGAUAUCAAUAGUAUAUCACUAGCAGCUGAAUUUCUUUCCUCAUCACAAAGACAGCGAUCUAGUAAAAUUUCAUAUGAAAAAUCUGUAUCUUUGGUAUUGAAAGCGGCCCAGGAAUACUUUGAUUCUUCCAAAGAUUACUCAGACCGGAAUACAAGUUAUGCAAGGAAAUGUUUAUCUUUAAUAUCAGUUACAACACCAGAGAUUGAAGCGGAAAUUAAUUUAAUAAAUUCACUGUCCUAUCUUAGCGAUCUUGGAUUAUUUAUGCUUCCCUUAGAAAUACGUCUUUGUGAAAAUAGGUUAAAUUUAAUUAGGAAUGCUCUUGGCGCAAAUCCAAAGAAUUAUUUAAAAUACGAAAAAUUACUAAAAUUAGGUAACCUAAUUCAGAUUUCAGCGAAGGAUGAGGUUAGUCGAAUAGGUCAAAUUUUGACUGUAGUCGCUGAAAGCGCCAUGGAAGAAAAUGACUACGACUUUGCAUAUAAAAUGUGUCAAAAUCUCAUGAAUGAUAACCACUCGAAUGCUUGGCAAAUUUGUUGGCGAUUAGCAGAAUGUAAUGGAUUUCCAAAUUUAUCUGAUCGUCGUCGACUUAUAGCGUUUGCAUUGACACAUUGUACGGCAGAUGUUAUUGAGAAAUUGUUGAUUGUCAAAAGCCAUAUUGAAAUUCAAGAGUUAUAUUACAAAAUUAAUCGAGAGAUUGGGACUAGUAAAACUCCCGUAGAAAAUUUGCGGUCUAAUGUUUUCAAAACCAUAAGCAACAACCUUAGGCUCCAGGAUAACGUAAUAAAAUGGAUCUCUAAUCCGUUUAGCAAAGAAGAGCAUACUAAAUCCUACGAUUCCCAGUUAAGCGAUUCUUCCAACGAUGUGAACAGUAAAUCGCUUGAUAAAAUUCUUUAUGAUACAUUUUAUGCUUCUACAUAUGGAGAUAAUCGUAUAUCUAACAACACUAUAGCUGAUUUGUUAGCAAUUGAUACAGAUCCAUCGUUUACGGAUUCUAGCGUUUUACGAAUGGAGAAGCUUUUUGAAAGCAAUCAAUUAGGAGCUGACUUUGAUCAAGCGUCAGACGUAUUUCUGUCUCUAGCCAGUAAAUACGCCGAUAACGAUACGGUGCUAACUCUAUCUUACUUAUUAGCUUUACCUGAUAGAAAAAUGGCAGAUAAAUUUUUUAGACAAUCGAAUGUGGUAUUAAAUUUUAAGCUGGCUAUUUAUUACUAUUCAUUACAAAUAUAUUUUAUUAUGCAAAAGACUGGAGAUAGUGUUGAUAAACGUUCUGUCUCUUUUAAUCCAAAUGAAAUCUUAAAAACGGUUACUAACUUGAUUGAAAGCCCUACUUCUGACGGCGAUGACGUUACUAAAUCUAUUGUCGAUGAACUUUCGAAGUUGUUGCAAUAUUAUCAAUCUGCUCUGAGUGAUUAUGUACAAGCACAAAUUUUGCGAAACCUAGGAAGAGGUGUUGAUACUGCUCGAUUUGCUGUUGACGACGAAUAUAAAUAUGAUACAAUAUUAGGUUUAGCUAUGACUUUGCGAGAUAGCGUCUUUAAGACUGCAAUCACCCUUGCAGAACGGUAUUCUAUCACACAUUGGGAUAUCUAUAUGGCUCAUACCGAAUGGCUACUUACUGAUAGUGGUUUAGCUGUUUCGGCGAUAGAGGAUCGUAUUAAUUCAAUGAACAUACUCGAUUUCUUAACUACUGACAUAGAAAAAGCAAGACAUCGUCUAGAAAAUAAUGUUUAUCCAGCCAUUCAGGGAAGCGAUUAUGGAAUGUUAACAUUUUAUUUUCAAUUCCUGAACACCUUAACAGAUAAAAACACUCCUAUUGAGGAGCUCACAAAAGUGCAAGACUAUCAAACAGUAAUUAUCAAGAUGAAAUCGGCGGCUCCAGGUAUUGACUUUAAGAAAUUGUUUGACGAAGAUCAACCCCUUGUAGUCUUAAAGCCGUACCUUUCAUCUAACAACGUUCACGCUGUCGCAAAAUUAGCUCCCAAAAUUUGUAAUAUCCAGUCCGGUUGGAUCUCUAGAUAUCAGUCCGCGAUCGACAUUUUAAAACAUUUAACACCAAAUGAUCUCGUUGAUUACAUGAAAGCAAUCUUGUUUCAAGAUGAAUCCCCGGAAGAGGCGGAUUGUCUCAAAUAUGUGAGAGAUUUCGAUAUGUCUUUAUCCUCGUCAAAAAAGGUUGAAGAAUUGGCUAGAGAUAUGAUUAUGAAAGGUAUAGGUAUUCGUUAUGUUAAAGAAAUGAUAGGAAUUGCCAGGAACUGUUGGCCAAAUCAAGUGACACUUUUCAAUGUGAUAAAAAGUGCUAUCGAAACUACUAUUACGGAAAUGCUUGAUAAGUGCCGUAGCGAAAAAUCAUUACUAGCCAAUAUAUCAAGUAGUAGUGGUAGUCCGAUUGAGGCAUUAAAUACUGUUCUUUCCGGGAUCAUUUCUGAAUCGAGCGGGAAAGUAGACAGAAGUGAUGUGACAGAUCUUUUAUUUAGUUACUGUAAUAGCAAUACCAUUGAACCGCAAAUUCGCAUUCAAAUUCUGGACUUAAUCGAAAAGAUAUGCACACUAGAGAAUGAAGAGUUUCAAAAGAUAUUAUGUUUUAAGUCUAGCGUUGUUAUUAAAGAAGCUUGGGAUGAACAAGUAGGUCUCACUGUAAAUAAUAUGUUACAUAAAUUUUUAAAAUACGUCUAUAUGUAUUCUAAGACCUGGGAAAGACUUUGGACAUUAUUUCGACAACAUUCCCUUAUACAUGUGGCCGUUAAAACUUCUCUUUUCACCGAUUACAAACCUUUACAUGAAAAAGUUAUCAACUUUAUAAGAUCCGACGAGUUUCCAGUUAAUUGUUGCGAUGAUGAAGAGUUAGUUAGACUUAUUGUACGGCAUCGUUUGGAGAUAGAAGUUCUCGCUACCCCAUUGUUCUGUAAAGUAACUGACUACAUUCGAAAACAUCCAAAUGGCGAUGCAGGCUCACGGUCGAAGUUGGAGCAGCUAUCGCGCCGCUUGUAUGACUCCGGACAUUAUCUUGAAGCAGGGACAUUAAAUUUAGAAUACAUUAAUAUCCAUCCAUUGCUAGUCAACGCAAGUAAUGCAAUAACCUUAUUGCAACGGACUGAGACGGACUAA